CUCAAACACACAAACCCUUCUUUAAACAUUUUUUUUCUGUGAAACUCUUCCAAAUCCAAAUCCAAAUCCAUCACCAUUUGCUGCUACAAGGGAAAAAAAAUGUCGAGCAAAAGGCCUUGUGAAGAUUUUGGAUCGGGAACGCCCAGAAAGAAACCAGCAAGGGUUUUAAGAAUUGAACCUGAUUCAGAUGAUGAAGAAAAAGAGGAAAAAGUUUUUUAUUUUCGGGUUCUUUUGCCUAAUGGGGUAACUUUGGAGUUGCAAGUACGUGAAGCACCAGGUGAAAUGUCUGUUAAGGAGUUUGCUGUUUUAGUGAGGCGUGAAUAUGGGCGAAGAACAGAGUUACCUAAGACCAAAACACAGAUUAAUUGGUCUAGCAAGGAUUUGCAUUUUGUAGAUGCUUUUGAGAACAAGAUAACUAAAAUAUUGGAUUUCAAGAUUCUCAAGCCCAACAAGUCUUAUAUGAUAAGGCUUUGUGAUGGUUCAACUGAAGAAGCUACAUAUAAGAAUAUGUGGGAUCUUACACCAGAUACUGAUUUGUUGAUGGAGCUACCACAAGAAUAUACUUUUGAAACAGCACUGGCAGAUUUGAUUGACAAUUCAUUGCAGGCUGUAUGGUCCAAUCAAGCAAAUCAGAGGAGGCUAAUAAGUCUAGAGUUAACCGAAAGUAGGAUUACACUCUUUGACACAGGCCCUGGAAUGGAUGGAAGUUAUGAAAACUCUAUUGGGAAAUGGGGAAAGAUAGGAGCUUCUCUAAAUAGAUUAUCGAGAGACACAGGCAGAGGAGGAAAACCUCCAUACCUAACGCCUUUCUUUGGUUUGUUUGGUUAUGGAGGACCUAUUGCAUCUAUGCAUUUGGGAAGACGAGCCUCAGUUUCUUCAAAGACAAAGGAGUCUAAGAAAGUAUAUGUGUUACAUCUUGACAGAGAAUCUCUACUCCGCUGUUCUUCUUCUCAACAAACUUGGAGGACUGAUGGAAAGGUUAGAGACCCCUUGGAAGACGAGUUACGCGAAUCAACUGAUGGUAGCUUCACUAAAGUUGAAAUUUUUCAUCCAAAGAUGAGAAGCAAAAGCGUACAGCUACUACAAUACAAACUGAAAGAUAUAUACUUCCCUUAUAUUCAGUGUGACGAAGUAUCAAGUACAGGAAGAACCAUGAUGCCUGUUGAGUUUGAGGUCAAUCACACCAACUUAGCAGAAAUUGAAGGUGGAGAGGUGGCAACGACAAACUUACUAUCCUGCAAUGGUCCCGAGUUUGUAAUGCAACUUAGCUUUCAUGUAAAGGAUAGUGACGGUUUAAAAGCUGGUUCAGGAAAGAGAUCAUCCCUCGAAGCACAUGCUCGCCUGAGGUGUGUUUAUUUUCCAGUGGUGCAGGGUAAAGAGAGUAUUGAGCGGAUAUUGAAAAAACUAGAAGCAGAUGGGUAUGGAAUUACAGAGAAUUUUGAAAGUUUCAGUCGUGUUUCUGUCCGGAGGUUGGGUCGUCUACUUCCAGAUGCUCGAUGGUCUUGGCUUCCCUUCAUGGAACCUAAGGCAAGCAAGAGUGACAGGGCUGACGUCUUGAAGAGAUGCUGCUUUAGAGUAAAAUGCUUUAUAGAGACCGAUGCUGGUUUCAACCCAACACCGUCAAAGACUGACUUAGCACAUCAGCAUCAUUACACCAUUGCAUUAAGGAAUUUCGGCAACAAGCCUUUGGAGAAAGAUAACAAUGUUCACGUUGAGAUAUCCAAAGAUGGAAAAAAGUUGACUCUCUUGCAACUGGAGAAGCAAUAUCAGGAGUGGAUGUUUCAGAUGCAUGAUCGUUAUGACGAGGAGGUUGACUGUGGAGAGGAUCAACCUACUAUUGUAAUUGACCCUUCAGACAAGAAAGUUAUGAGAAUCCACAAGGUUUUCCGGAGGAAAGGCAUAACUUGGAAAUCAGGGCAGAAGAUUAAGAUUUUGAAGGGAGCUUAUAGGGGUUUCCAUAAAAACAACGUUUUCGCCACAUUGGAAUUUAUUAUCCUUGAAGGAUUGCAGGGGGACUCAGGUGGUGAGGCUCGAAUCAUCUGCAGGCCAUUAAAUGUCCCUGCUGAGAGCGGUUGUCGCCUAACAUUUGAUAAAGGGUGUGCUGGCUUUGAAAUCCGUGAAUCAAAACCUCUGCCGAUUAGUGUGAUUGAUGCUGGAAAGUGCUUAUCUGUUGAUAAUACGGAAUGGGAGAACCAAAUUUUGAAACUCCAAGAGAAAACCACUCCAUCAUCCAUUGACAUAUUCGAUGCCAAGCAAUGUCAGGACUUGGGCAUUGAGGGGGAGCUACCUGAGGAUGUUGUUGAUGCUGGACAUGAACCUCCUGAGGUGAUUGUUGCAGUUGUUCGUCCGGCUUCUUUUAGUUCUGUUACUGCAUCCAAAAGUUUGGAUCAGAAACACAUCAUGAAAGAAAAUUUUGAGAUGACUCUAGAGGUCAAAUUUAAAGCAGAUGAGAACGAGAAGAAACAUAGUCAUAUUUACUCGGGGCUAUUGACUCCUUCAUCACUUAAAGGGUCGAAUGGUCUAUAUAUAUUUCCCCUGAAGAAGAAGUUACCAGAUCUAUUUCAGAAAGCAGGCAUCUAUCUGUUUCGAUUUUCUCUUAAAGAAAGUCGUACAUUCUCUAAAAAGGAAGUGCGCGUGAAAGCAUUGUCUGAGGCUGCUAGUUGGAAACUUGAAAGUGAUGGGACGGGUACACACAGUGUAAGGGUUGGUUCUUGUUUCCCAGAGGUUUUGAGUGUUGCAUGUUAUGAUAGAUUUUCCAAUCGUAUACCAUUUAAGUUGCAAACAGAGAUAGAGAUGAAGUUAAGUUCUAGCGGCAGAGCUAUUGUAUCGCAAUUCAGUUACGAUCAAUACAUUACACGUGACAAAUAUACCAUGAAGUUUAAGAAUGUAACCAUUGCAACUAGUGAGUUGGAUAAGAUUCGACCAAGUUAUGAAGCUACCUUACAUAUAUGUUCAAAGGAGGAUUCAUUUUUAGUAGCUAUUCCAUGUGCAGUUAUUCCAGGACCACUGCAACGUGUCCUCCUGCGUCCUGUAGAUUUUGGCAAGAAAUUGGUUCCUGGGAUGAUAAUUAAGGAGCUUGCUCUAGAGAUAUUUGACAAAUAUGGUAAUCAUAUGAGAAAAGAUGAGCACAUCAAGCUGAUGGUGGAAGGAUUGCAAUUACUAGAUAAAGGAGAUUGUUUUUCUAAGGUCGAUGAUCAUGGGUGUGUAAACCUUAGUGGAACCUUGAAGGUCACAGCAGGAUAUGGUAAACCUGUUUCCAUUUCCGUUUUUUCUGGCGAUGAAGUAGUUUUCAAGAAAGAGUUCCGAACAGAGAGGAGAUCGUUGCAAGUUGCAUCCACGGUACCUGAAGCUUGUUCUGCUGGUUCUCAUUUGGAAGAGAUUAUCUUUGAGGUUAUAAAUUCUGCUGGUCAAGUGGAUCAAGAUAUCAAUGAUGAUGAGGAGAAUGGCCAUUCCCAUACCCUUCUGAUAAGACAGAACUCAUUGAGGGGAGAAGACAAUGUGAGAUACAGCUUCCAUCAUGGACGCUGCAUUGUUCGCUCCAUUCCUCUUCCAAAUCGCGAAGGGAUUUGCUGCUUUGUAGCUAGUCACUCUCGUUUCCAUGAGCUGCAGACAAGCAUAGAGGUGCAUGUCGAGAAAGCAAUAAACAGUGAACAUCAAAGUCUGAAUAAAGAGAUUAUGCUUCUGGAAGAUUCAUCUUCUUUGAAAGGCCCAGAAACGAUAUACGACAACACCUAUGAUGGAAGUAUAGUGCCCUUCAAGGAUUCAUGUGCUUCCGUGGAUCUGGAAGACAGACUACAAAAUCUUGUGGAAGAUAUUUGCAAAUAUAACCGAUGCAUCAGACAAUGUGAAGCAAACGUGGAAACACUUGAUAUGAAGCGAUCAAAUAUUCUGCUUGAGAUGUCCAACUUGGGAGCUUGCAUUGGUCUUGAUUCUUUUCACGAUUUGGGCUAUGAUAAAGUCAUGGUUAUGGAGAGGAUUGAAGGAAAGGUGGACAGUGCAGCUGCUGUUGUCCACAGGCUGCUCAGAUCACCAAAUUCUGAACAGCUACAUCUUGAAUAUGUUAAUGACAUACUUGGCGUGGUUGCACUUCUUGGAGAGGUUCUCACCCAUAAGCUUAGCAGCAUGCUUUCAACAUACCUGGGAGAAGAUCAGAUGGUUGCUGUAGUAUGCAAAUCCCGUGCAGCUGCUAGAGCUCUUGAGAAUUAUCGAAUGGAUGGAAAUGUCAAUUGCGCCAAUGCUUUUGACAUAUUAGCUGAGCUUGGAACUUCCAUCAGUGGUCGAUAUUUGGUGAUAUGCCUUGAGGAUAUUAGGCCAUAUUCGCAAGGAGUCUGCACUGAUCCCCAAAGAAAACUAGCUCUUCCACAGCCUACUUUAUUAAAUGGAGAAACUCCUCCAGGCUUUUUGGGUUACGCAGUCAAUAUGAUAAUCCUCUCUGAAGAGCAUUUGCAGUUGAGGACUGCUUCAGGUCAUGGUCUACGGGAGACAUUAUAUUAUCGUCUGCUCGGUAAGCUUCAAGUCUACAAGUCUAGGGAGCACCUUUACCAGGCAAGUUCCUGCAUAGAAGAUGGUGGGGUUUCCUUGGAUGGUGGAAUGAUGAGAGGAAAUGGAGUUGUAUCUGUUGGAUCUGAGGAACCAUAUAUUCUAUUUCCAGUCAUCUCUCUGGAAAGACAGUUGCCCCUCUCUCCAGAGAAAGUUGAAAAAUUGAAGCGAAUUGAAGACAGGAAGCUGGAACUAAGUCAAUUGCAAGGUCAGAGAGAGGAACUGAUCAAGACUAGUGCAACGUACAAGCAUAAGUUGGCAAAGUGCAAGGGGAAGUUGGCCAAAAACUAUAAGGCAGCUAGAAGAGUUGGGACCUCCACCUGGAAUGUACAACUCUGACAUGGAUAUUAGCCAGGGCUAGUGGUUGAUACUGGUUUGCUUCUUCCGAGGCGUAUACAUGUAAUUACCUAAACCAAAGCUUCUAUGUUCAUUUAUGCUGGAGACUUCCCUUUUGUGGAACAUAUUUUUGUAUCCUUCCAUGGUAUAUUUUGAUGAGAAACACAGGGCAGUAUAUUGUACAGAUCAACACCUAGAGCAGUCCAAGAAAAUGAAUGAUCAAGGUGCAUCUUCCCACCGCUUUGUUAGCCUUGGUGGGUAAAGUUAGUUUACCUUUUGUAAAGUCUUAGGAAUCAAUUAUUGAUCUUUGUUUGGAAAAGAAUUGGAAGUGAAGCUGCUGCAUCUGGUUGCGUUUUCAGAUAUGCUUGUAUGUGACAGUGGGAAUAACGAUUGAUUAUGUGCU